AGUAUGGGAUGAUAUUGGAUGGUGAGUUGUUUUGAGUAGUAAAAUAGUUAGGAAAGGAAUUAUAUGUAAAUGGAGGAAGGUGGUGAGAAGACUAGUAGUAGUAUUAAGGUGGUGCGAGGUUGCAUCAAGACUAAAGCAGGGCCAUGGGUGGUUCACCGGAGCACCAAGGAUGGUGCCACUGUCACCAAAUAUCGCCAUCCCUCCGACGGUGAGCGCCAAAAAAACAAACAACGGGAGCGCCAAAGACGUGCACUAAACAAGAAGAUCUUUGCAGGCCUUAGAGCUCAUGGUAAUUACCAACUUCCUAAGCAUGCUGACAACAAUGAUGUCCUGAAGGCGCUUUGCGAAGAGGCCGGUUGGCACGUCGAAGAAGAUGGCACCAUUUAUAAGAUCAAGAAACAUGUGAAUGAGAGAUCAAUUUCUUCUAGAACAAGUUCAGGAAUCCAAAUUUGCUACCAGUGUUCUAAAGAUGAAGCUGAAGUUUAUAAUGAAUGUGGGAAUGCAGUUAGCUUGGGAGUUGGUCACUCACAGUUCUCCUCAAAUGAGUCAAGCAUUGAGCUGUUGCCUGAGGAAUUUCAUAAAAGAGAUGGGUUGAAUCUUAGUCUCUCACUUUCAUUGAAAUAUGCUUGAAAUAUAUAGAAAGUUAAAAGAACAUUCAAUUAUAAGGAAACUGAAUUUUUUUUUUCCUAACUGAACUAUUA